AUGGUCGACAUGACUGGAAGCUUCGUCUCCCCGUCCGCGGAUGCGACAAUCUCGCCUCAACUGUUCGCGCCGGCCGGCUUGGUCGCGUCGAUUCUGGAUGGCUUCACAGUGUGGAAGCUGAUCCUCACCCUGUUCCUCGGAGCAGUCGUUUACGAUCAGUUCAAGUACCACUACCUCAAGGGCAAGAUUGUCGGUCCCGCCUACAAGAUUCCUUUCAUGGGCCCCUUCCUCCAGUCCGUCAACCCCAAGUUUACCGAGUACAAGGCGAAAUGGGACAGCGGCGAGCUGAGCUGUGUCUCGGUCUUCCACAAGUUCGUUGUGAUCGCCUCGACCCGUGAUAUGUCCCGCAAGAUCUUCAAUUCCCCCAACUACGUCAAGCCCUGCGUUGUGGAUGCUGCGCACAAGCUGUUGGGUAAAUCGAACUGGGUCUUCUUGGACGGCAAGGAGCAUGUCGAAUACCGCAAGGGCCUCAACGGCCUCUUCACUCGCCAGGCUCUGGCCAGCUAUCUGCCCCGCGCCGCCGAGGUCUUUGAUGAGUACUUCAAGCGCUUCGUGGAGAAGUCGGCUGCUACCAAGCACACUCCUACUCCUUGGAUGCCCGAGUUCCGUGAGCUGAUGACUGCGCUGUCCUGCCGAACCUUUGUCGGAUACUACAUGUCUGACGAGGCCGUCCAGAAGGUUGCUGACGACUACUAUCUGAUUACUGCUGCUCUUGAGCUCGUCAACUUCCCGAUCAUCCUGCCCUUCACCAAGACCUGGUAUGGUAAGAAGGCCGCCGACAUGGUCCUGGACGAAUUUUGCAAGUGCACUGCUAAGAGCAAGGCCCGUAUGGCCGCUGGCGGGGAGGUCACCUGUAUCAUGGACGCCUGGGUCAAGGCCCAGCAGGACUCUGCCAAGUACCGGGAGAAGAUCGCCCAGGGAAUUGCCGUUGACUCGUCCGAGAAGCCUCCGCAGGUGUUGCGUGAUUUCUCGGACUACGAGAUUGCUCAGACCAUCUUCACGUUCUUGUUCGCUUCCCAGGACGCCACCAGUGCUGCGUCUACUUGGUUGUUCCAGCUGAUGGCCGAUCGUCCCGAAGUGCUCGACAAGGUUCGCGAGGAGAACUUGGCUGUCCGUAACGGUGACCGCUCGGUCCCAAUCUCCAUGGAAUUGCUGGACCAAAUGACCUACACUCGUGCCGUCGUGAAGGAGACCCUUCGCUACCGCCCUCCAGUCAUCAUGGUCCCUUACCUGGUCAAGAAGGACUUCCCUAUUACCGACAAGAUCACUGUUUCCAAGGGCUCUAUGAUCAUUCCUUCAGUGUGGCCCGCCACUCACGACGAGGAGGCCUACCCCAACGCCGACUCCUUCGACCCUGACCGCUGGAUUACCGGCACUGCUGAGCAGCAGUCCAAGAACUGGCUCGUCUUUGGCACUGGUCCCCACUACUGUCUGGGUCAGACCUAUGCUCAACUGUCCCUGAUGGCCAUGAUUGGCAAGGCCAGUAUGGAGAUGGACUGGGAGCACACUCCGACUGCUCAGUCCGAGGACAUCAAGGUUUUCGCCACAAUCUUCCCCCAGGAUGACUGCCUUCUUACCUUCCGCCCUCGUGCAUAA